AUGGGCGUGGAGCCUUCCCCCACACCCACAAGUCACACUGCCAGCUCCAUCUCCCUUUCAGCAGGGAACUCCUGCUCAUCAACUUUCCGCGGUCCCGGCACGGCCCGCAGCAUCAACUGCCCACAGCAUUUUCACGUGGACUUCUUCUUUGGCAGUUCUAAAUCAAAAUCAAAAGAUCAAGCUUUGUCCCCUGAUCCUUUGUCCUCUGAGAGCGGUGGCAGCAGGCGCCAUAAAGGCGAGGGGAAGAGUCCGGCAGAAGGUCCUGUUUACCGGAGCCGCUCUAGGGUCCGCGCUGCCCUGGGAGAGGCGUUGCCGUGGCAACGGGCCGGGCGCCCGCCAGCUGCGGGUGAGCUCACCGAGCGCCGGCGGGCGGGGGGCGGCCCGGCUCAGAGCCGCCGCCGCCAGAGGAAGGGGCCGCCCUCCACUCGCCCACGGCGGCCAGGCGGCGGGCACGCGAGCGCUGGGCGCGGGGAGAGGCCCGGCCGACAACAGCGCGGGGGACUGCGGGCCAUGGCGCCCCGGGCCCCCGCCGCGCGCCGCCCCCGCCCGCCCGAGUGCCCCCGAGCUGCGCCUCGGAGCCCGCGGAGCCGCGGCCAGCCAGGAGGUGCCAUCUUGGGUAAGCCUUUCAAACCAGGAGCUGUUCCUGUCACCACUUUACAGAAGAGAGAACCAAGGCUGAGCAAAAUAACUGGCCCGAGGUCCCAUGACUGUCAAGCAGCAGAGCUGGAGUUUGAAUCUGGGGCUGUGUGCUUCUAAACCCUUUGCUUUUAAUCCCCACAGUACGCCAUCUUUCAAGCUCCUUUCCAGAACUGGGAGUUGGGUGGGAGUGGUCCCAGCCCCCGGCUCCCUCUCUGGGCUCGGGGAGCCAUGGUGCCGGCCCCAGCAAAGGGGAUGGGAGAUGACGUCUCCCUCCAAGAUUGCUGCCUUUUGUCCAAAUGUGCUGGCCGGGAUCCAGGCUGGAAACUCUCUGCUCAUGGAAAGAAAGCGAACAGAAGCCAGCAAAAAGAGGGUGGGAAAGGGUCUGAGGGGGGAGGAAGGGAAGAGGAGGGCCGGAAGGCGAGAGGGAGAGGAGGUGGGGAGUGAGGGGUUUGGGGCAGCACAGCUGGAGCCGGGGAGGGCUGCCGGAAGGAAAUAAAGCAUGGCCUUCUGUGCAUCCCCUCCAAGUGGCUACUUCUGGUGUGAUGUGAGUGGCCAGGUACCCAGGACACAGGACAGAUCCCACCAGGGGCCCUCCUCCCCACCUCAGUACUACUGUUGAUCAAUGCAUGAGUGAUAGUCGCUCA